AUGCAUCCUUUGCCAGGUUUUGCACCCCAUAAAUGUAUUGCAUGGUGACCAAAAGGUUUCUGCUCUCGGGUGACAGUGCUCACUCACUCUACUUGGGAAGUAUGUUUAGACCAGGGGCGGACUGACAACUCAUGGGGCCCCCGGGCAAUAGGGGAUCAUGGGGCCCCUGUGUCCUUGCCCAAACUCAAAAAAGCCUAUGAAAAAGGUACCAGGGGAAUCUUAUGGGGCCCCUACUGACCCCGGGCCCUCGGGCACUGCCCGAGUUUCCAAAUGGUCAGUCCGCCCCUUGUUUAGACUA